AAUUACGGUCAUUUGGAGUAUCCAAGAUGGCGGCGGUUAGAUAUUUGUCCUCUUUAAAUCCAAGAAUCUUAAAGUUUCAGAAUUCUAUUAAACAACAAAUAUGCAGAUUUUCAAUAGCAAAACCAUUAGCAGCUCAGAUGACAGUUCGAGAAGCACUAAAUUCUGCUAUGGAUGAAGAGAUGGAAAGAGAUGAAAGAGUAUUUCUGUUGGGUGAAGAAGUUGCCAUGUAUGAUGGUGCUUACAAAGUUAGUCGUGGAUUGUGGAAAAAGUAUGGAGAUAAAAGAGUUAUAGAUACUCCCAUUACUGAGAUGGGAUUUGCUGGAAUUGCAGUUGGAGCUGCCAUGGUUGGACUAAGACCAAUAUGUGAAUUCAUGACUUUUAAUUUUUCUAUGCAAGCUAUUGAUCAAGUAAUUAAUUCUGCAGCCAAAACCUUUUACAUGUCUGCCGGUUUGAUAAAUAUUCCAAUUGUAUUCCGUGGUCCCAAUGGUUCAGCUGUUGGAGUAGGAGCUCAGCAUUCUCAAUGCUUUGGUGCUUGGUAUAGUCAUUGUCCUGGACUAAAAGUCAUAUCACCAUACAAUAGUGAAGAUUGUAAAGGCUUAUUAAAAUCAGCAAUAAGAGAUCCAGAUCCAGUUGUGUGUCUCGAAAAUGAAUUGAUGUAUGGUGCUUCUUUUGAAGUUGGAGAUGAUGUUUUAUCAAAAGAUUUUGUUAUUCCAAUUGGCAAAGCGAAAAUAGAAAAACAAGGCCAACAUGUUACACUUAUAUCUCAUUCUAAAGCUGUUGGAACAUGUUUGGAUGCUGCUAAAGAAUUAGCCAAAUCUGGUAUUGAUUGUGAAGUUAUAAAUCUGAGAUCUCUUAGACCUCUGGAUGAUGAAUGCAUUAUAGAAUCAGUAAUGAAGACACAUCAUCUGAUAACUGUAGAGAAUGGAUGGCCUCAAUCAGGAAUAGGAUCAGAAAUAUGUGCCAGAAUUGUUGAAAGUCCUGCCUUUGAUUAUUUGGAUUCUCCAAUCGUCAGAGUGACAGGUGCAGAUAUUCCGAUGCCCUACACAAAAACAUUAGAGUUGCAUGCGGUCCCGCGUCCAGAAGACAUCAUUCUGGCCGUAAAAAGAGUACUCCAAGUACAAUAGAAAUUUUUAAACAAUUACAAAGAAUUUCAAAGUUACACUAAUUUCUUUUCUUAUAUUGCAAUAGAUAAUGUAGAUAAGUGAAGUCGGUUUUGAUUGUGUUGUAUAUAACAAUUUGUUACCUGUAUAAAUGUAUAGGAAUAUUUAAAUAAAAAUGUUUUGUAUUUUUA